AUGCCCCUACGCCGCGUCCUACACGUCCAGGUCCCCAGCUAUCAGGUCUCGCCCAGUCCCGGAGUGAUGACCUACGACCCCGCUACCCAUGUCAUGCAGUACUGGGACUCGCAUUUCAACGCCCAGACCCGGGCCGCCAAUACCGAAGGGGUAUACACCGCCUUCGCCGAGCUCCUGUUUAUCUACCGUAAUCGACUCGUACGCCUAGACCUACGGGGCCCUAACGCCAGCCCGCCGACCCGCGGCCCGUACGAGUCCGACAUCCAGCGUAACGGGUUCGACUACGGUAUCUUCGCCGUGGAGAAUGCGCGUCGCUUCGUGGAGGAGACGGGUAACUACCCCACGAACCGUACCCCCAUCACUACUAACCUUCGGAGUAGACGGACGAGGCUCUCGCCGCCAACCGCGAGAGAUUCCGCCGCGCGAACCUCGCACGAGGCGGCCAUCGACGAGAAUCGCCCAUCGUCCUCGGACGCCUUCACCGCGACGCUGAGUCUCGGGCGCCGUAACUGA